CUGGCCACUUUCUCUGACGUUUUCAAACGAUUUCAAAGUGACCCAUCCUCCAGCAAAGGCGGCUACGAUCCAUCCGACGAAAAAGGUCAAGUGAUUUACUCGGACGAUGAGCAACUCUCUGAAUCGGACGAGGAAGAAGCACGGGAGCGAGAGCAGCUCUCAAAGCGCAAACAGAGAAAGCUACAGAGACUGACUGUUGCUGAGCUAAAACAGAUUGUCAAACGACCGGAACUGGUGGACUGGGAAGAUGUAACAGCGACAGAUCCUGCAUUUCUCGUACAAAUCAAGAGUACUCGAAAUACUAUACCCAUCCCGCCCCACUGGAAUCUAAAGCGUGAAUAUCUGCAAAACAAGAAAGGAAUAGAGAAGCCGCCUUUUCAGCUUCCGUCCUACAUCGCUGCUACAGGUAUUGCAGAGAUCAAAGAUGCAUUGAAGGAAAAGGAGGCAGAACAAACGUUGAAAGCAAAGACACGAGAGAGAGUACAACCAAAGAUGGGAAAAGUGAUGAUCGAUUACCAGAAGCUACAUGAUGCAUUCUUUCGAUUUCAAACAAAGCCAGAGAGUCUGACAAGGUUCGGAGAGGUAUAUUAUGAAGGAAAAGAGUUCGAAACAAAGUUCAAAGAGCGCAAACCAGGAGAAUUGAGCGAUGCCCUUAAAGAUGCAUUAAGUAUACCACCUCUUGCACCACCACCUUGGCUCAUCGCUAUGCAGAGAUUUGGUCCCCCACCAAGCUACCCGCAAUUACGCAUUCCUGGUCUCAAUGCACCUAUUCCCGACGGCGCACAAUGGGGUUUCCAUCCAGGUGGCUGGGGUCGUCCUCCGAUGGACGAAUAUGGCAAUCCUCUAUUCAGUGAUGUUCUUGGUCAUGCAGAAGAUACAUCAUUGCGUCAAGUUACAAUCUUUGGUGAAGAACCUGAAAAGGAACAUUUCGGCGAUCUGGAUCCCGAAGAAGAGGAAGAGGAGGACGAGGAUGACAGUGAAGAUGAGGAGGAAGAUGAAGCAGAGGAUGAAGAGGAAGAACCUGCAUACGAUCGAAGAGGUCUUGAAACGCCUGCCGAAGGUCUACAGACACCCAGUGGCCUACAGAGCGUUGCAAGCACAGUUCCUGGUGGUCUGGAGACGCCUGGCUUCCUGGAACUACGUAAAGGAGGCAGGCGUGGUCAGCAAGCGGAUGAAGAUGAUGCAGGACCCAAACAACUCUUCCACGUUUUACCUGAACGAGAUGUUUCAGGAGCAAAUGGAUUCCUUACUGCAGAUCAUGGCUAUGAUCUUGCUAGUAUCCGUCAAGCUAGCUCAACCAAUGGAAUUGCUUCUGGCCCAGUCUUAGGCGAGGAAGACUCGAGAGGAACCAAACGAAAGGCAGAUUCGGGCGCCAUUGAGUUAUCAAUCGAUGCUUCAGAAUUGGAGGGUUUGUCGGAAGCUCAAUUGGCAGAAAAGUACGAUCAAGCCAGAAGAACGACGGCAGCGAAAUCAGGUGACGGCCGAGAUGAUGGGGAUUUGGCAUUAUUGAGAGAAGAAUUGCAAAGGAAAAGAUCUGUGAAAGAGGCAAAGAGGUCUGCCCGUUGA